AUGGAAGUGGAAAACUCCUUACAAUGGUGGAACACUACGGACAGUCAACUAUGUCAACCCUUUAAUGGUGUGGCGUCUUCCUCACUGGAAUCUCCAGGCGUUGGCUUAGUAUACUGUGUUGGCUUUGACAAAUUGUCAAUUGGGUUAAAUGAAGGCUUCGCUUGGGAAUUUUCUAGUAGUAGUGUUGCUUGUAAUUGUUUGACUUCAAUCUGUGAUCUUACAAAGGGACCCAGUCUUGUAAAUAAUCCAUACUCUUGGAAUAAGCUCGGUAAUGUGCUUUACUUGGAGUCUCCAGCUGGUGUAGGAUUCUCUUAUUCUCUUGAUGGUAAUGUUACCACUGAUGAUGACCAGACGGCAUUGAAUAAUCACCAUGCCCUGCUUCAUUUCUUAGAGAAGUUUCCAGAAUAUGAAGGUCGUAAACUGUAUGUCACUGGUGAGAGUUAUGGUGGUGUUUAUGUGCCUACACUGGCAUUACUGCUUAAAGAUUCACCGAGAUUUAAACUUGCGGGUAUUGCAGUUGGUAACGGAUUGACAAGCCAUACAUUGAAUGAUAACUCUCUUUUAUAUUUUAUCAGAUAUCAUGGUCUUGUCGAUGAAAGUUCAUGGAAUGAUCUACUCGCUAAAUGUUGUAGUGACCAAUGCUCAACCUGGUGUACAUUCACUGACAACAAAACUAAAGAAUGUCAACGUAUUAUCAGUCAAUUGAUGGAACAGGCCUUCAAAGGCAUAAACAUAUACAAUUUAUAUUCUGAAUGUGCUGGUGGUGUAAAUACAUUAUUUCAAGAAAGUCUGUCAAUAUCGAUUGCUGAAAUAUCCUCCACUCUACAGUCUUCAAAAACGUAUCUCCAUCAUAAUUUUGGUAGUAUGUUUCGUGAUAAUGUUUAUACGAGAUAUCAUCAUUAUGCAGGUUCUGCAAUGCCAUGUAUAGACGAUACAAUAAUGCAUAGUUAUUUAAAUUCACCUGCUAUCCGUCGACUUAUCAAUGUAAAACCAGAUAUACCAAAGGAGUGGGAUGUAUGCAAUUAUGAAGUAGGACGUAAUUAUAUUCGUACUUAUGACGACCUAUCUGAACAGUAUAUGAAACUACUUCAAUCCAAUAUAUCUGCAUUGAUAUACAACGGUGAUAUUGACUUGGCUUGUAAUUAUCUCGGUGAUGAAAUGUUCGUAGAUAAUUUGAAAUUAAAGCCUACUUUAUCACGUCGACCUUGGUUAUACACGGAGAGUGAUGGCACAAAACAGGUUGGAGGAUUUUGGACAAUGUUUGGAGAUCAUAGUUCAAUUCUAAUGUUUGCGACAGUUCGUGGAGCAGGACAUAUGGUGCCUAGAGAUAAACCUGCAGCAGCUUUCCAUCUAAUCGAAAAGUUUAUUCAUGGUGAAAGUCUUUAA